AUGUUAGAGCAUCUUGUUUUAUCGAAAAUUUGUCUACGCUUUAUAGAUUCUACAUCACUCGUUUCUGCAUUCAUGUUGGAAAUUGAAAAUAGUUUUUCAAACCGAUCUUGCUUUUAUUUUGACAUCUCAAAUCUGCAGUGGAAUAGUCAUUUAGUUACUUCAAUGAUUUUUAUAAUGAGACGGUCAUCGAACACGAUUGCAAGCGAACUUCUAUUCAAUUUUUAUUUUCCUUCAGCGAACUUGCAAGCUUCUCGUUGGACCGGUGGAUUUCGGCGUAUUUUAGUGCAUUCAGUUGCAAGAACAAUUCAAGUAGAGUUUAUGGGUGCACCAGUUCACUACUGUUUUGAAGGUUACGAAAUACGAUUGAAAGAUGAAAGUGGCCUAGAACUGCUUCAUAGCGCAAUAAUACCUGUUGAAUUAAUGCGUAAAGAGUACCUUGAUAAUCAAACAGUUCUCUUUGGAGAGUAUAACUUCACCGAUUUAGAGGUAGAUCAGUAUUUCAUACCAUCUGUUAUACCUGUCGAGCGUUCCCGUGAUGGUCGUUGUCUGUGUCCUGUAGCUAGUGCCAAUCCAUUUGACAGUCAGGUAGUAUGCUCUUGUAUUGCUGCUGAUUGGAAUAAAGUUCGCAUUCAAAGUAAGUGGAUUAUAUUAUUGGCAAUAAUGCUUGUCGGUGCAAGUGUUGUGAUAUUUUGUUUAUUUUAUUUUGCGUAUUUGUAUAAUGUUCGCCAUCAGCUGACUCGAAAAGCAAUAAGAAUACGAUUUGUAAUAGAUCGUCCGACUUCUCCAACAACUUUGACCAGUUGCCAGUCACCUCUUAUUCACAUCGCUACGCGUAAUGUAUUGCUCGUGUAUUCGCAUGACAGUACUCUGCACGAAAAGUGUGUUCUCAUUUUCGCUGAAUACUUACGUAACGUUUUUGGUUUCAACGUUCACCUUGAUGUUUGGGAUGUAUCUGAAAUUGAACGGAACCUUGUGAAUUACUUAAGCUCAUCAAUUUUGAGUGCUGAUAAAUUGAUUGUUAUCAAUUCUCAUGGAGCAUAUUAUCAUUAUCGAUGUAAAUUGGGAAAACAAUAUCGUAUUGAACGAAACCAACCUGAUAUACUGGACAGUUUGUUUGACAAGCAAAUUGAUCAAGUUUUAGUGCAUUCAUCGGUGAUAUCCGCGCGAUUUAAAUACUCUCAUAGUUCAUGCAUUUUACCACCAUUAAGUUGCUCAUUGCAAUACGUGAUUCCGGAACACACCACUGCUUUAAUUUCGAAUUUAACAGAUUCCGAUGUUAGUAAUGACCCACCAAUUCAAUCGUAUGGUCCGAUCUACGCAAAAUUAAUAGCUGCCAUUACCGAGAUGACAGAAUAUCUCGAGAGAAAUCCAAACUGGUUUAGCAGCACUCAUCGACGUGUAUUACGACAAACAGUAGUUGAUGGUGGGCAGGAUAUUAUUCAAAAUGAAUCAAUUAAGCCUGUGAAUCGAAAUGAAGCCGGUCAAUCAUUUAUCAGUGAUAAUUUUAUGACAACGUUUUCGACGAAAUCAGUAUUUACGUUAAAAUUAUCAAAGGAAUCGGGGUUGAGUAUUCCUAGAUCUGAUCAAUCUGGAAUUAGCAGUCUCUUGACAGAAUCUUCGGAUGUACUGCUGGAACCUGGUGGCUAUACUGUUUUACACGAUUCACCUGAGGAAGCUGUUAGUUGUGUAAGUGGAAAAAAACCUGAUUCCAUAAGUGACUUCCCCGUCAGUAUAUCAUGUGAAGUGCCCGAAAAACAAAUGGGCGGGAAUUUAACACAUGAUUCUGGUUUCAUUUCUGAGAGAGAUUUUCUAAAUACAUAG